CGCCGCCACUCUUGUCUCCUUCUGUACAUCCCGUUAUCCCUUCUUCCCGUAACCUACGAGUCCAAUUUCACUGUCUCUGUACGCCUCCAUCGAAGACCUUCUGAACUCGAACGACCAUCAUGAGCGAUAACGCUGAGUACAAGGAAGCCUUCGCGCUCUUUGACAAGCGCGGCACGGGAUCCGUCCCAAGAGAAACCCUAGGCGAUCUGCUACGCGCGCUCGGCCAGAACCCCACGCAGGCAGAGGUCGCCGACAUCACUGCGAACGCGCCGAGGGAAGUCGACUACAAGACCUUCCUCGGCAUCCUCAACCGCCCCGACGGCUUCAAGCCCGCGGGCACGCCCGAAGAAUUCAUCCGCGGCUUCCAGGUGUUCGACAAGGAGGGGAACGGGUUCAUCGGCGCCGGCGAGCUCCGAUACGUGCUCACGCAGCUCGGGGAGAAGAUGUCGGACGAGGAGGUGGACGAGCUGCUCAAGGGUGUGCAGGUUGGCGCCGACGGCAACAUCAACUACGAGUCGUUCGUGCGCACGAUACUGAGCCAAUAGAGCCCUCGCUACCAUUCGAGCACACAGUGUACUCGUCACUAUUCGAGCACGCAGGCGACGUGUGGUGAUGAUGAGUACAGGUCCGGUGCAGAACGAUACGGUCCGGUGCAGAACGAUACGGUCCGGUGCAGAAGUAUACUGCUGUCCAUUUGUGUACACGAUUGAAUGAUUUCCUACUUGA